CGCCGCACACCCCCCUCCCCCUGCCCAGUUUCCAACCCUGGACCACGCAUCCCGAGCCCUGCGCCCCGACGGAGUCUGUCUGUCUCGGGUCCCUUUGUCUGCGCCCUCCCACCUCUUCGAAACCUCUCCCUUUCUUGAGGUUGGCAUGAAGAGGCUGUUGUUGGGACGGCCAGCUGGAGGUCUGCGCGGUAGAGGGAACCCCAGUCUCCCUCAUCCUUCCCCCGAGACGCCAUGUUCAACUCCAUGACUCCACCACAAGUCAAUAGCUAUGGUGAGCCCUGCUGUCUCCGACCCCUCCCCAGCCAAGGGGUCCCCGGCAUGGGGACAGAAGGAUGUUCUGGCUUACCCUUUUGCCACCAAGCCAACUUUAUGUCGGGGCCCCAGGGUUAUGGGUCUGCCAGAGAGACCAGCGGCUGUGCCGAGGGGCCGAUCUUUCCUCCUCCCCGGAGUUCCGUCAAGCUGACGAAGAAGCGAGCGCUCUCCAUCUCGCCCCUGUCCGACGCCAGCCUGGACCUGCAGACGGUCAUCCGCACCUCACCCAGCUCCCUCGUGGCUUUCAUUAACUCGCGCUGCACAUCUCCAGGAGGCUCCUACGGCCACCUCUCCAUUGGCACCAUGAGCCCAUCUCUAGGAUUCCCACCCCAGAUGAGUCACCAAAAGGGGACUUCGCCGUCCUAUGGAGUCCAGCCCUGUGUUCCACAUGACUCUUCUCGGGGUGCAGUGAUGCUGCACCCUCAGCCUCGGGGACCACGUCCGACCUGCCAGCUGAAGUCGGAGCUGGACAUGCUGGUGGGCAAGUGCCCAGAGGAGCCUUUGGAAGGUGACAUGUCUAGCCCCAACUCAACAGGCACGCAGGACCCCCUGCUGGGGAUGCUGGAUGGGCGGGAGGACCUGGAGGAGAAACCUGAGCCCGAGUCUGUGUACGAGACUGACUGCCGCUGGGAUGGUUGCAGCCAGGAGUUCGAUUCCCAGGAGCAGCUGGUGCACCACAUCAACAGCGAGCAUAUCCACGGGGAACGGAAGGAGUUCGUGUGCCGCUGGGGGCGCUGCUCCCGGGAGCUGAGGCCCUUCAAGGCCCAGUACAUGCUGGUGGUGCACAUGCGCAGACACACGGGCGAGAAGCCGCACAAGUGCACGUUUGAAGGCUGUAGGAAGUCGUACUCGCGCCUCGAGAACCUGAAGACGCACCUGCGGUCGCACACGGGGGAGAAGCCUUACAUGUGUGAGCAUGAGGGCUGCAGCAAGGCGUUCAGCAACGCCAGCGACCGCGCCAAGCACCAGAAUCGGACGCACUCCAACGAGAAGCCGUACGUGUGCAAGCUCCCCGGCUGCACCAAGCGCUAUACAGACCCCAGCUCACUCCGCAAACACGUCAAGACAGUGCACGGUCCUGACGCCCACGUGACCAAGCGGCAUCGAGGGGAUGGCCCCUUGCCGCGGGCACAGUCCCUCUCCACGGUGGAGCCCAAGAGAGAAAGGGAAGGGGGACCCAUCAGGGAAGAGAGCAGAUUGACUGUGCCCGAGGGUGCCAUGAAACCACAGCAGAGCCCUGGGGCACAGUCCUCCUGCAGCAGCGGCCACUCCCCGGCCAAUACGGACAGCGGGGUGGAAAUGACGGGCAACGCGGGGGGCAGCACUGAGGACCUGUCCAGCCUGGACGAAGGCCCUGGCGUGGCGGGAGCUGGACUUUCCACUCUUCACCGCCUGGAGAACCUCAGGCUGGAUCAGCUGCAUCAGCUCCGGCCAGGAGGAUCCCGGGGUCUCAAACUGCCCAGCUUGACCCACGCUGGCACGCCCGUGUCGCGCCGUCUGGGCCCCCCAGGCUCCCUGGACCACCGCAGCCCCAGCUCCAGCAGCAUCAGUUCCGCUUACACCGUCAGCCGCCGCUCCUCCCUGGCCUCCCCCUUCCCUCCCGGAUCCCCACCAGACAACGGGGCGACCUCCCUCCCGGGCCUCACGCCUGCCCAGCACUACAUGCUCCGUGGUGGCGCGAGGUACGCCGCCGCGGGGUCAGCCCGGGGGACCGGCACCCCACCCGCCGCCGCCGCCGCCGCCGCAGCACACGGCCCGGAGCGCAUGGGGGCUCCGCCUGUACCUCCUUGGAGAAGCCGAGCCGAGUACCCGGGGUACAACCCCAACGCAGGGGUCACCCGGAGGGCCAGUGACCCAGCCCGGACGGCCGACCACCCUGCUCCAGCCAGGGUCCAGCGGUUCAAGAGCCUGGGAUGUGUCCACACGCCCCCGGGUGUGGCGGCGGGACGGAGCUUCGAUCCCCACCUCCCCACCUCGGUCUAUUCGCCGCAGCCCCCCAGCAUCACUGAAAACGUUGCUAUGGAUACCAGAGGGCUGCAGGAGGAGCCGGAAGUUGGGACGACUUCCGUGAUGGGCAGUGGCCUGAACCCAUACAUGGACUUCUCGCCGGCUGACAGUCUGGGAUACGGGGGACCCGAGGGAAUGGCCGCGGAGCCUUAUGGACCUAGGGGUCCAGGUCUCCUGCCUCCUGGGACUGGUUCGCUGACCAACUAUGGCCCUGGCCACUGUGCCCAGCAGGGCUCCUAUCCUGAGCCCACCCCGGAAACGUGGAGUGAGUUUCCUUCCCAUUCUGGGAUGUACCCCGGCACCAAGGCUCCAAGCGGAGCCUAUAGCCAGUGUCCCCGACUUGAACAUUAUGGGCAAGUGCAGGUCAAACCGGAACAAGGGUGCCCCGUGGGGUCCAACUCCACCGGACUGGCACCCUGCCUCAAUGCCCACCCCGGCGAGGGGUCGCCCGGCCCACAACCUCCAUUUUCACAUUUUCGCCAGCCCUCUCCUCCCCAGUACCCCCCGUCGGGUCCCUAUCCCCGGCCUCCCCAUGAUUAUCUUCCGCCGCCGGAACACAGGCCUGGCCUCAGUUUUGACCCCUCCUCUCCUUCCACGGGGCAGCUCAAAGCUCAGCUGGUCUGUAAUUACGUCCAGUCCCAGCAGGGGUUGCUGUGGGAGGGUAAGGGCCGGGGAGCGUUCCCCGACCAGGAACCUCCCUAUCAGAGCUCCAAGUUUCUGGGGGGUUCCCAAGCUCAUCAGAGCCCCGCCAAAGGGCCAGCAGCUCCGUAUGGAUCUGGCUUUGCACCCGCUUUGGCCAGUCACAAGUCAGGCUCCUUUCCCACCCCUUCGCCAUGCCAAGAGACUUUUGCAUUGGGGGCGAACCGGCCUAGGCCAGCGGCAGCACCGCCCCGGCUCCUGCCCCCACUGCCCUCCUGCUACGGACCCCUCAAGGCGGGGGGCACCAACCCCAGCUGUGGACAUCCUGAGGUGGGCAGGUUGGGCGCCGGCCCCGCCUUGUACCCGCCCCCUGAAGGGCAGGUGUCCAACCCUCUGGACUCUCUUGACCUGGACAGCACGCAGCUGGACUUUGUGGCUAUUCUGGAUGAGGCCCAGGGGCUGAGUCCUCCUCCUUCCCAUGAGCAAGGGGACAGCUCUAAAAAUACCCCACCUCCCUCUGGACCUCCCAACAUGGUGGUGGGUAACAUGAGCGUCUUACUCGGGUCUCUGCCUGGAGAGACCCAAUUCCUCAACUCUAGUGCCUAAAAGGAUAAGGAAUCCCAACCACAUGUUUCCUAGGCGGCUACAUGAGAUGCCCAGGGAUGGAAGGUUUGGGCUGGGGACUGUAUUUAGUCUAUGUAUGUUCCAGAAAGAAAAAACAAAAACAAAAACCUUUAAUAAUGACAGUUUCCUGAAAAUAAAGGAUGCUGAGAAUAA